UUUACUGUUUUGGUUUUUUUUUUGAUUCGAAGAAACAUUAAUUAAAAAUUCUUCCAUAAUUGAUAAUCCUUUUCAACUCCUUUUUGGAGAUUGGAAAAAAUGUCAACAACAACAACAACAACAAAAACAACAAUCAGUUUCGUCAAUCAACAUCGAAAUUAUUUUUUUAUGUAAACGAAGCAAUUUUCUUUUAUUUAUAUUGAACGUAUUUGGUUUGUCGUAAAAACAAAUUACGAUCGUUGCAUUUUUUAUUACUAUUUCCAAAUUCAUCUCAUGUCUAAAUAUAUCAACAACAAACAUUAUGGCUGAAAAAGAACACGAAUCAUUAACACAUAGUAAUAAUGAUGAUGAACCUCGACGUACCGGUGUUGCCGAAAUUUUAAUCAAAAAUUUCUGGUGUCGAAUAAUGGCCGAACUAUAUGAGGAUUCAUUGAAAAUUACAUUGAAAGAAUCAUUGGAAAGAAUAGCCGAUAACGUGAAUGAUUUCGAAAUACCAUCAGAAACUGAUGAUCUGGCCAAUCGUAAACGAACGGUAACGAUUCGAAAGAAACCCCAUGAAGGUUUAGGUAUCAGUAUCAAAGGUGGCAAAGAAAAUCGAAUGCCCAUAUUGAUCUCGAAAAUAUUCCGCGGUUUGGCUGCUGAUUCCACUUGUCAAUUAUAUGUUGGUGAUGCUAUAUUAGCCGUUAAUAAUUGUAAUUUACGUGAAGCUACCCAUGAGGAAGCUGUUCAAGCAUUGAAAAAUGCAGGUGAAAUCGUCAACCUUGAAGUGUGCACGUCUUAUCCGCUCAUAGUGAAAUAUCUACCCGAAGUGGUUCCAUAUUUCCGGAAGGCUUCCAUAUUAACCGACAUUGGAUGGACAAUGCCCGAAACCAGUCUUUUUCAAUCUAAAAAUUCCAAUACGGCUAAAAAUUCAAAAGAAACACGUUUAGAAAGUCCAACAGACACUAUCGAUACAACGAGCGAUACAGCAAGUCAGAGUUCACAACGUUCCAAAAUUGAAUCAAAAGUGAUACCAUUAUUGGGCGCAUUCGUUCAUCGAAUUCAGCUCGUUCGAACCAUACCGAAUUCAAAUAACAUUUCCAAACAGAAUAAAUCUCCCUAUUAUUCACCUGAAUCUGAUUACAAUUCAGCUACAGCUGAUAAUUCUAUUACCGAUUCAUCGAUAAAUCGAAAGAUGGAUGAUGCAUCAUCGAUUCAACAGGUGAUUGUUAUACAAUCACCAAAUUUAUCGAAAGCAUGUGUAAUUCGUUUUUAUAAUGAAUCAAAGUGCACUUCUUGGUUCUGUGCAAUACAUAAAAUUGUUCAGAAUUUGAAUACAAAAAUUAUGAAAAAAGUAAAUCAACGGAAAACAUUUGGUUAUUUUGAUAAUUCUAGAAUCACUUACCUUGGAUGGUUCCAGGAACAUAAAGACUAUAUUAUUCCAUACUAUGAUUCCAAUGAUUCUAAACUGGAUUCAAUCAAAAACAGUAGCUGUUCAACACAGUCGGAUAAUGUUUCACUUUUUGAGCAAUAUGAACAAACGACAAAAUGGCGUCCAUUAUUUCUGAUAUUGACAACAAGAGAUUUAUAUUUUUAUGAUACAUUUCCUUUCAUUGGGAACAAAUUGAUUGAAUACAAAUUAUUAUGGCCUUUAUUACAGACACGAUUUAUUUAUAUAAACAAUAAUAAUAGAACAAACAACAACAACAACAAUGAAAACGAUAUUGGUCAUGAAGUUUUAGCUGAUAAUUCCAUUAAAUUCAAUAGAUUACAGAAUUCAUCACAAUCUUCAUCAUUAUCAUCAUUAUUACAAGAUAGUUCGCUUGCUACAACGGCAACACAGACUUUAUCUACCAGUGGUGGUUGUCAAUUCAAUCCAUUGCCAAUUGCAUUCAUUCUUCGUACAGGUACCAGUACUGGUAUUCAAUCCCGAUUAUUUUCCGCUCAGCUUUAUACUGAGAUUAGUCAUUUUUCCAAAAAAAUCAUUCUUUGCACAUUUGAAUAUGUACGUCAAUUGCAAAAUAUUUCCGUUGCUUGCCUAAUGGACGAUGAUGAUGGAGAAUCCAUUGAAUGCAUUCUUCAACUACAUUACAAAAAAGGCAUUACAAUUAAUGAAACACGAACCGGUCGAAUAAUGUAUCGGAUAUCAUUCAGACAACUUUGUUCAACCCAUGAUGAUGGCAAUAAAAUGAUCACAUUUAUAUAUGAUCAAAAUCGAAAGCUUGAAUUGAAUCUUGUCCAAAAUGCUCAAGCAUUCGUUUUUAUACUUCAUUCAUUCCUUGCGGCUCAAAUUACUGAGAUUAAUCUAAAUUUUCAAAAAUUAACAACAUAACUUUGUUUGGAUUUUAUUUUUCAAAUUAAUAAUUAUUUUUAUUUUUAUUACAUGAAAAUCUAGAUAAUUUUGUCAUAAAAUUAAUGAAAAAAAAAAAUUAAUUUUCUUUUACAUUUGA